AUGAUUUGUUUGCUGAUACUUUUUGCUAUACUUUUUUCAAAUAUCAAUUCUCAAUUCAAUCCAUGUCUUAUUGAUCCAUCAAUUUGUAUUGCAUUCGAAGAUUUUGAUGUGAAUUGCACUUGUAUUCUUCUACCCGAUGAAAAUUCGAAAUCUAUCAAAAAUAUCACAGAUGAAGUGUAUUUGUGGUUCUCCGGUUUACCUAUCAGCCUAGAUUUUAUUCAAACUGUCACUAUUGAGAAAUUGUUUAGAGAGAAGUUAUCAAUUCGAAUUCCACAAUCACGAUUUUAUGAUUUUCAAGAUCAAGAAUUAUCUGAAAAUAUUUAUCGAAAUCUGGAAAUAGUUGAAAAUAUAGCUCUUUUCGAAGUCAAUUCAUCAAAAAGUCAGGCAACUUUAGAUUAUUUGAUAGAAAAUGAGAUAAUUCGAAGUUCCCAAUUGUCAAAUUCAACACAAAUUCAGAAAUGGUGUUUGGAAGGAGAAUGUAAUGCAUUUGUUUAUGAAUCUCAGAUUUUGAAUCGAACCGAGGGAAUUUAUUCGCAUACGGCUGAGAUUUUACAAAUCAUUGAGUAUAAGCAAAGAUCUAUUUUUGCGGUUUCCAGUGUUUUUGGAGUUUUUAGUGUGCCACGGGUGAGGAAAAUAGCGUUGUGUAAAUUAAUUGUAUGAAUUGGAAACUUGCAACAUUUUAACUUAUUUUAGCCAAGUUUAGGUUCAACAUCUUCAAUGUGAACACCGUUGCAAAGUGUUUUAUUGGAAUGAGAGGGAAAUGUGUAGAGAGAACUGCGUUUUGAAUUUGAGAUAUGAUAAAGUUGCAGUUACCGGAGAUAUCAAACGAAAUUUCGAUUAUUUUGUGCAAUCUGCUGCUGUUCAAAAUUUCAGGAAUAAAUAUCGAAAAUAUGUGAAGAAUUAUCCAAGAUGA